UAUUGAGCAGCGAAGAACAUUACUUGUUUACUAUGGUUGUUAGAAAAGAGUGCUGUGACAUUUGUUUAAACUUUAUCUUCUCUUUAUCCAGCAGGUCGAAUAGCAUCAGGUAUUCUUUGUUGCUAUAAUCAAUGUCGUCUAAUUAAGUAGCUGAACGUGCAUAAACAAGUUUUGAAAGCCUUAUCGUAGUACACGUCUCAAGGUUUUUUUAAAAAUACACCUUCACCUUGGCAAACAUUAGGCCGACAUAAAAAAGCUGAGUCAGUAUAGCUCAACUUUCAGAGUUUUAAACAGAUGGCAAGUAAGCCUGUCUGUAGAGGAAGAGGAUUAGGAAGAGGAUGGCUUCAAGUUUUCCAACCUAACCCUUGUCCAGUCAAUGUGGAAGGAAUUGAAAACGUGGAUGGUAAAUAUGAAGACAGUGAUUUAGAGGAGUCCAAUUCGUCAACUUCAAUAGAUGAACUAUCUGAUCAAAUAGCAGAUGACAUAAUUGCUCGUAGAAGCAGUAGUGGAGACACAGCACAAAACGACACAAUAUCUACUCCACAGCAAUGUAAAAAUGAGGAAAAACCAGAAAACGUGCUUUCCUCUGAGUUACAAGAAGAAACAAAUAAAUGUGAUGAACAGAGGAAAUCUUUGCUUUUAAAAGCAGUUCAUGCAAAAGAGUUUGUUCCAAAAUCAGCUCUUUCGGUUUCUGUUCCUGGCUCUGUUGAAGAUAUUAAUGGAACAAAUACAAAUGUAAAAUAUAAACAGUUACAAAAUACUUCUGUUGUGAUUUUAAAAAAGGAGCAUGUAGAAGAAUAUUUGCCAAAAGCGCUAGUUCCUGAUGAACAAGAAAAUAAAUCUGUUACUUCUGAAGAAUAUCCCUCUGUUUCAAAAAUGAAUUUAAAUGACGAGCAAUUACCAAAUACAUCUGUUCUACUUUCUAAAGUUGUUAAUGUGAAAGAAUUUGUUCCAAAAACUUUUACUCCCAUGAUGGAAGAAAGAAACUCUAUCACGUCAGCUGCUGAAGAUCAAGUUGUAUUAGGUGUGUUAGAAGAUACUAUAUAUACAUUGAUGGAGGAUCCUGGAGAUUUUGAUAAUGUUGUCGACCAUCUGACGGAACAUUUAAAAAAUUUUGUUACAAAAGAAGAGACUUUGAAUAAAGUUGUGACUACUUUGAUUGACCAGGCAAUCAGUGAACCAAAUUUUCGUUAUACAGCAGCAAAGCUGUGUCAACAUUUUAACAUUUCGAAAACACUUGAACUUGAGAAUGGUGUGACAUUCAGAAAGAUUUUUUUUCAAAGAUGUCAAGGACAUUUUUAUGAUGUGUCGGCUCUAGUUAAUAACGAUGACAUUUACACGGAUGAAAAUAUCUGGAGGAUUACAAGUACUGCCAUGCUGUUUGGGGAAUUGUUUUGCAAUAUGAAAUUGAAAGAAAAACCAAUACCAGUGUAUAUGAAUGCCAUCAUAUCACUCGUGAAAUUGUUUUUGAAGAAUGGGAAUGAAAAGCUUGUUGUUUCGCUGACAAAAUUAUUAAAGCUUGUUGGACCUGAAAUGGAUACCGAUAGUCCUAAAGAAAGUGAAGCAUUGUUUAAUGAUGUGAAAGACUUUUAUCUGGACAAAACAAAGUCUGGGCACUUGUCUGGUGACGUUAAAAAAAAUAUUUGGCAUGUGUACAAACUACAUAGUCGCGACUGGGAUCGCAAAACAAGCGCACCAACUUCUCCAGCGAUCGCAUGCACUGUACCGCUACAGUUUGUAAUGCCUGAUGAGAAGCCACAGAGUAGUGAUUCAAGAAGAAGUCCUGUUGAUUGGAACGAUUAUUAUGUUGGUAAUGAUGACGAAUUGGAGUUCUACACAGAAGGAUAUGAAGAUGACGAAGAGUGUGAAGCUUAUGAAGAAUUUUUGCGAAGUUCCGGACAAUUGUAACUAUACGUGCCAAAUACAAGGCUAUAUUUCAUAAACAUCUAAUUAUGGCGCACUUGUUGUGUUACCAAACGUUGAAACUUUUCGCAAAAAGGUUCAUAUUUCUUGUUGUCACGUUUUUACUUUGUUCUAAUGACUUUAUGACUUUUACGAUCUAUACUUUUAAUUCUUUUAGCAACCCUUUUUAGUUUGAUAUGACAUAUUAGAUUUUUAGUAUUUUAUUAGAUCGUUUGGUCGCAUAUUUUGAUUUUAUAGUAAGAGCUUCAAUUUGAAUUAUUUCCCGGUAAGCACUUGUUAAUUUCAGCUAUUCAAAUAAUUAUCCAGACCAGAUUUGUCCGAAUCCCAUCAUCAUUCUGCACAAUUCUUGUGAAGAUUGUGCUUAAACUUCUUUCUGUUUCAUUUUUCCGCAUAAUUUUACGGCUUUUUUUAUUAUGUUUCGACAACCUUGCUGUAGUUUUGUAUAUUUUCCACGUUGCAUAUGUAAGCCGAACAUAAAGAGAAAAAGAUGUUGUAUUUAUAUUAAUUUAAAAGUAAGAAAGCUAUUGAUGUUGUUAUUGUUAAA